GCCGGGGGCGCGGGGUAGCGGCGGCGGGUUGGGCUCCCGGGCGGCACCAUGAAGAUCGAGGAGGUGAAGAGCACCACGAAGACGCAGCGCAUCGCGUCGCACAGCCACGUGAAGGGGCUGGGGCUCGACGAGAGCGGCCUGGCCAAGCAGGCGGCCUCGGGGCUCGUGGGCCAGGAGAACGCGCGGGAGGCAUGUGGCGUCAUCGUGGAGUUAAUCAAAAGCAAGAAGAUGGCGGGAAGAGCCGUGCUGUUGGCGGGACCCCCGGGAACUGGCAAGACAGCCCUGGCCCUGGCGAUUGCUCAGGAGCUGGGGAGUAAGGUGCCUUUCUGCCCCAUGGUGGGGAGCGAAGUCUACUCCACGGAGAUCAAGAAGACAGAGGUGCUGAUGGAGAACUUCCGCAGGGCCAUCGGGCUGCGGAUCAAGGAGACCAAGGAGGUGUACGAGGGGGAGGUGACCGAGCUGACGCCGUGUGAGACCGAGAACCCGAUGGGCGGCUACGGCAAGACCAUCAGCCACGUGAUCAUAGGCCUCAAGACGGCCAAGGGCACCAAGCAGCUCAAGCUGGACCCCAGCAUUUUUGAAAGUCUCCAGAAGGAGCGAGUGGAGGCCGGGGACGUCAUCUACAUCGAGGCCAACAGCGGGGCCGUGAAGGUACGUCUGCUCCUGGGGACAGCACCACGCCCGAGGGUCUGCCGGGGGGACCUGGGGGGCCAGCAGCUGUCCCUCGACCUGAGUCAGCGUGGCUUCUCUGCCUCCUGUCCUGGUGACCUCAGUGGGCAGUUAAGUCCCAGACCCCGUGGGGGACAGGGACCCGACAGCCUGCGUCCCUCCCGCUGCGCCAGGCGGCCUCUUCCAUCUUCCUUUAUCUCCUGGCGUCCCUCCCCGAGUCCUGAGCCUGGGGACCGCCAGGCGGCUCCUCCUCUAUCUGAUGCUAAACUGGGAUGGGCCAGUACCCAGCCAGGGUCAGAGCCAGGAGGAGCAGCAGGCUGCAGGGUUGGGUCUGGAGGGAGUCGAGGUGGGGGGAAGAGAGGGGUGACAUUUCCCCCGCCGGCCGUCACCCUGCCCGUGCUCCGUCUCCUAGACAAGCUGCGAGGCGAGAUCAACAAGGUGGUGAACAAGUACAUCGACCAGGGCGUGGCCGAGCUGGUCCCCGGCGUGCUGUUCGUGGACGAGGUGCACAUGCUGGACAUCGAGUGCUUCACCUACCUGCACCGGGCUCUGGAAUCUUCCAUCGCUCCCAUCGUGAUCUUUGCCUCCAACCGAGGCAACUGUGUUAUCAGGGGCACGGAGGACGUCACCUCGCCCCACGGCAUCCCCCUGGACCUGCUGGACCGCGUCAUGAUCAUCCGCACCAUGCUCUACUCGCCGCAGGAGAUGAAGCAGAUCAUUAAGAUCCGAGCCCAGACGGAGGGGAUCAACAUCAGUGAGGAGGCGCUCAACCACCUGGGGGAGAUCGGCACCAAGACCACUCUGAGGUACUCGGUGCAGCUGCUGACCCCGGCCAACCUGCUGGCCAAGAUCAACGGGAAGGACAGCAUCGAGAAGGAGCACGUGGAGGAGAUCAGCGAGCUCUUCUACGACGCCAAGUCCUCGGCCAAGAUCCUGGCUGACCAGCAGGACAAGUACAUGAAGUGACCGCGUGACUCCACGGGACGCUGCGGCCCCCGGGGCAGCGUGCACGGCCUGGGCCCCGCCUGCCCGCUCACGUGAGCUCUGCGCUGUGGUCAGUUGUGUCUGAAGAGCAUUCAUUUUUAUUUUUUUGUAAAUUAUAACUUUUGCGAUUGCUUUGGUAGAGUCCCCCCUCCCUGAAGGUGUUUGGAAAUAAAAUCUUAAAUGUCA